AUGGCCGAAGCUACUAGCUUUUCACCUCUCUUAACUAUACCGCUCGAGCUGAAGCACGAGAUCCUCACACAAUGUCCCGACCCCUUCACUCUGCGGUCGCUUGCCCUGUCUUGCAAGACCUUUUAUUCAGUCUUCAGCGCCGACCAAGACAGGAUUGCGACAGUAGUCGUGUCGGGAUUCAUCCAUCCUUCUCUUCAGCGCGCGGCAUCUGUCGCCGUGGCCGCCUCCAAGCUCCCAGCUAAAUUUCGGGAUCUGGAAACAAUAAAGCGCUUCGACAAGGAACAUCUAAUUCAGCAGCAAGGAUCUCUGACAGGCACUUGGUCCAUGGCGGACUCUCUGUCGCUUGCCCGUCUUCAUGAUCAUGUGACAUACCUUGCCAAUGCGAUCUUCCACGAGCUCGUUGGCAGACUGCCCUCCCCCCAGGCUGGUGGAUCAGUAGCCGGCGAGCCGAAUGAUUGCCAACCGUCCGCCACCGAGCUGUAUCGACUACAGGCAGCCAUUUACGUCUUCCAUAUGGUUUGCAAUGUAUUUAAAAGGCAUCCCGGUUACUGGUUUACGAAAGGUGAGAAUACAAAGGCCAUUGAUUUUUGGAGAGCUUGUUAUCUCAAGCUUGCUCAACACGAGAUUGAGCAGCAAGUCUGUCUAUUCGAGUAUUUCAUGGUUCUAGUUGCCAAGUGUUUCAACGAGAUCGUUCAGCACGACGUCAAUUGGGGCCACUUGGAAGUCGACCUGAUCACCUCGAUGUCCUCAAUGUAUGGAGAGCAUAUUAUAACCAGUGGUCUGGACACUCUACGUUUGCUGGCCGAGGCUGGAAACUACCAGGACAUCCACAAGGUUCUCCACAGAGGCGAGACCCAAUGGGAUGGGCCGCUCCAUACAUUAUUUUCCGAUGCUUUCAGUCGGAUGGCGCAAACACGUAGCAGGGGUGGACCACACGAGGGAUUCGAUCCAAACCUAGGUCCUUUCUAUCAAGAUCCGGACCAUGGCCCAGCUCAGGCUUUUGAGUCUGUGCGCCCUCAAGAUGUGAGUACCUGGGAUGAUCGAUAUCGCUAUAUCCGCAAUUAUCGCCAUCGAGGCUAUGUCUUCUGGGAUGAAACCCGCCUCCAAAAGCACGGAUUUUUUGACGCUGGAUGGGAGACGGUCAAGACUCUAGAACCUGAAGCAGGAUACUUAGACUGGCAAAUACCUAAAGCUUCCAUGUCUACAGAAACAUUGGAGAUGUCGAGAAAACGUCGUGACGAAAUAUGGAGAAAAGGGGGAAGGGGUUGGUGGAGCUUUGAUGACGAAAGCAAGGUUGUGUAUCUGCCACCGAAGUAUAGAUAUUGA